AUGAGUACCACAGUGAGCACCCGAAUCUCCUUUGCGUCUCUGACUACUCAUAACCUGGGAACAGUGAGGAAACUUAACUCUGUUUUGUUCCCGAUAGCUUACACCGAUCGGUUCUACGCAGAUGUUUUAAAGUCGGAAGUAGAUGAGUUUUGUAAACUAGUAUAUUACAACGACAUCCCAGUUGGGACCAUUUGUUGUCGAAUUGAAACCAAGGACAAUGAAACUCAAUUAUACCUCAUGACUAUGGGUGUAUUAGCUCCAUAUCGCUCCAGAGGGCUUGGAUCCCAAUCUCUUCAGCAUAUCAUUGACGCUGCCAAGUCACACAUCAAAACCAAGAUCGACAAGAUUUAUCUCCAUGUUCAGACGUCCAAUGUGGAGGCGAAAAAGUUCUACGAUAGACAUGGGUUUGAAGCAGUGGGAAUUCACAAGAACUAUUACAAGAAACUAGUUCCUCGAGACGCCUGGAUCAUGGAGUUGACCAUUGGACAAUGA